AUACUCCUCUCUUAUUGUUCCAUUCGAAUCCAAUCCAACUAGAAUUCAUUCUUUUUAUUCUCGUUUUCUUUCCUUUUCUUUUUUUUAUUUUUUUUCCCCCUUCAUUUACUUUCCUCCACGCCUUUCUUCUUCACCCUUUCUUCUCUCACAUUCAUUCAUUCAUUCGCACUCAACGACUCGCUUUCCCAAUUAUGACACGCAUCUCUUUGGGUCUUGUCACCCUCCUGGCUCUCUCCUCCGCCGUGACUAUGGUCGCGGCUCAUGAUGAUAAGCAAAAACAAUUCAACAUGCCUGGUGGCCAUGUUGCUCCUGAACUUCCUGUUUUCAAGGCAACUUCGAUCAAGGCUCCAUUCUUGGAACAAUUUACCCAGGACUGGGCUGAUCGUUGGACAGCCAGUGAAGCCACCAAAGAAACAACUGCCCAGGGCGAAGUCUUUAGCUAUGUUGGUAAAUGGAGCGUUGAGGAACCUACUCUUCUUCCCGGCAUCAAGGGUGAUUUUGGACUGGUUGCAAAGUCUCCUGCUACACAUCACGCUAUUUCAGCUUCCCUUCCAGAGGUUAUCGAUAACAAGGACAAGACCCUUGUUGUUCAGUACGAGGUCAAAGCUCAGGAAGGAUUGGAGUGUGGUGGCGCCUACAUGAAGCUUUUGACAGACUCACCCGAGGGUAUCAAGUUCAAAGAGUUUUCUAACGAGACACCUUACACCAUCAUGUUUGGACCUGACAAGUGUGGGCAAACCAAUAAAGUCCACUUCAUCUUCCGCCAUAGGAAUCCCAAGACGGGCGUCUAUGAGGAGAAACACCUCCAAUCAGCACCCAUGACUAAGCUCAAUCACUUUAGCAACCUUUACACUUUAAUUGUCAAGCCUGAUCAGACUUUCGAGAUUAAAAUCAAUGAAGAAGUUGUAUCCAGCGGAUCGUUAUUGGAGAGCUUCCAGCCCCCUGUUAACCCACCAAAGGAGAUUGAUGAUCCCAAGGAUACGAAGCCUGCUAACUGGGUUGAGGAGGCAAAGAUCCCUGAUCCCAAGGCAACCAAGCCUGAUGACUGGGAUGAGGACGCCCCACCUCGUAUUUUGGACGAAAAGGCAACGAAGCCAAGCGAUUGGUUGGAGGAUGAGCAGCCAGAAAUCCCUGAUCCAGAGGCUGUUAAACCCGAGGACUGGGAUGAUGAGGAGGACGGUGACUGGAUCGCACCCACAAUCCCUAAUCCCAAAUGUCGAGACCAUGGAUGUGGCAAGUGGGAACGUCCUUACAUCGCCAACCCUGCCUAUAAGGGCAAAUGGUCUCCUCCCAUGAUUGAUAACCCAGAGUACAAGGGCGUUUGGGCCCCUCGUAAGAUCCCUAAUCCAGAUUAUUUUGAAGAUCUUCAUCCUUCGAACUUUGACAAGAUUGGAGCAGUUGGAUUCGAGAUUUGGACAAUGCAAAAGGAUAUUCUCUUUGAUAACAUCUACAUUGGACAUUCGAUCGCAGAUGCAGAGGCAUUGGCGGCUGAGACCUGGGAAGUGAAGUAUGCGUCGGAAAAGAAACAAGAGGAGCUCGUGAAUCCCCCGCCCAAGAAGACUGGACUUCCUGAAUUCAAGGAGAAUCCCGUGGGCUUUAUUGUUGAACAUCUCCGCGAAUUCAUUGAGCUGGCGCGUGAGGAUCCCGUGAACGCAAUUCACAGCCGACCUGCUGUGUCUGCCGCCAUUGCAGCUGUUGUUGGUGCCACAUUGGGUCUAGCUCUCAUCUUUGUCGGGCUGUUGACGGCUGCUCCCAAGGUAGGGAGCGUAAAGGCAGCUGCCAAGGCCAAGAAGACUGACGAGGUGACUCCAGAUGAUGAAGAUGAGAUCAUCAAGGCUGCUGCAGAGGACGACGCAGAGUUUAAGGAAGAAUCUGUGACCCGCAGGCGCACCACUACUGCGGAGGAUGAAUAAGCAAGUACUUCUCAGUCAUGGUCUGCUUGUGAGCUCGAGUUUUUAACCUUGAUCUUGAUCGUUUUCUUUUUUCUUCUCAUGUUUAUAGCUUCGUUCUUUUAUAAUGUACUUGAAUAAACUUUUUUUUAAAAAAU